AUGGUCUUCACCGACAGCGAAGAAAAUGAGGAGGAGUAUGAUCUCGAUGCGGCCGCACUGUCGCCGUCGCAGGACCCCCGGGUCUUUGACCCGCCACUCCCCCGACCAGCGAAGCGAUCGUCGCCUCUUGCUCCCACCAAGCCACGAAAUGAAGUACCGCCGCCCAAGAGACGUCGCAUCUCACCGCCGUCAGACUUCUCCGACGGCUGGUCCAGUGAUGAAGGCGAAUCACUUCAUACCAAGAGACUAAACAAGAUCAAAGAGGAUCGUUCCCGAGCCGCCAACCUUACACGCAGAGCGAAGGCUCGAGAUGCCGCCAAUAAUCCUCGGCCGGAUAUUGAGCGAAAUGGGAAGACUGGUGUUGGGAGACGGAAGCCACGGAAGAAGCCGGUCAAAGAAAGAGCCUAUGGUGACUCCACGUCCGAAGAGGAUGAGCUGAUGGAGUGGACUGUCCCGGAGUACCUCCAGAAGAGAAGAAAGCUGUUUGAUGAGCGGAAGGAGAAGCUGAAGGAGGGAGGACUCAGUCUACCACCUACCUACGACGACAUUUACUUCUCGGAUGAUGACCGGAUUGCGCAUUUGGAAGAGAGGCCUAAUCUACCGCUUCGCAAUGACGCUGCUCCGUAUGCGGACAUCGAGAUGCCCUAUUCACUAGGCAUCAUCCCGGCCAGUAUUGCGCAGCAUUUACGGCCAUAUCAAGUCGAUGGGACCAAGUUCUUGCAUGAAUUGUUUGUCUACCAGAAGGGAGGCAUACUAGGCGAUGACAUGGGUCUGGGUAAGACGAUUCAGGUCAUUGCAUUCUUGACAGCAGCCUAUGGAAAGACUGGUGACGAGCGAGACAAGAAACGGAUGCGGAAGAUGAAGAGGGCGGGCAAUUGGUACCCCCGGACCCUGAUCAUAUGCCCCGGUAGCCUGAUGGCCAACUGGCAGGACGAGUUCAAGCGAUGGGGCUGGUGGCACACUGAUGUCUACCAUGGCAGUACGGUUGCAAAGGAUGAAAUACUCCGUCAAGCUGCGUCUGGCAGCCUGGAAGUCAUGAUUACAACAUACGACACAUAUCGUCUGAGUGCCGGCCAGAUAAACCUCAUUUCGUGGGAUUGCGUGAUAACUGAUGAGUGUCAUAAAAUCAAGGAGCGGAAAGCCGAGACCACAAAAAUCCUCAAUGAGGUAAACGCUCUUUGCAGGAUCGGCUUGACAGGCACCGCCAUACAGAACAAGUACGAGGAGCUUUGGACGCUUCUCAACUGGACUAACCCUGGCCGCCUUGGCCCCAUCACAACUUGGAAGGUCUCGAUAUGUACUCCCUUGAAAUUAGGACAGAGCCAUGACGCCUCCAACUACGAGCUCGCGCGAGCACGAAAGACUGCGAAGAUGCUAGUGACGAACCUGCUCCCACAAUUUUUCCUGCGACGCACCAAGGACAUCAUUAGGCAUCAACUACCGAAGAAAACGGAUCGUGUUGUCUUCUGCCCUCUCACCGAGACUCAAGCCGAUGCAUACCAGAAUUUUCUCGAAAGCGACAUUGUGCAAUACAUCAAAAACAGCGCCACACUAUGCGCUUGCGGCAGUGGGAGGAACCAGGGCUGGUGCUGCAAAUCCCACCUUGACGAUGGUACCAAGUGGCAACAAUGGGUCUUUCCAGCCAUCCACACGUUAUGCAAGCUUUCAAAUCAUCUUGCGAAUAUCAUUCCGCAAGGCAAUGAUCCCAAAGAGAAGCAGUCCAAAGACUUACAUACGCUGCAGAUCAUCAUGCCGGAAAGGUGGCAGAAAUUAUACAAGGAGCGGGACUCGAUGAUUCACACCGCCAACCCCGAAUUUUGUGGCAAAUGGAAGGUUCUGAGGAAGUUGUUAAAGUUCUGGUCUGAUGAGGGCAACAACAAGGUCCUGGUGUUUUCGCAUUCAGUCAGAUUACUGAGGAUGCUCCACAAUCUGUUCAUCAGUACGUCGUAUAAUGUCUCCUAUCUUGACGGCAGCAUGAGCUAUGAGGAGCGGUAUGCAACGGUGCAAGACUUCAACACCGACCCCAGGCAGUUUGUCUUUUUGAUCUCAACCAAAGCCGGUGGUGUAGGGCUGAACAUCACUUCUGCCAACAAAGUCGUCGUGGUGGAUCCAAACUGGAAUCCGUCAUAUGAUCUGCAGGCGCAAGACAGAGCUUACCGGAUUGGUCAAACUCGCGAUGUCGAAGUAUUUCGGCUCGUGAGUCAGGGUACACUGGAGGAGAUCGUUUACGCUCGACAGAUCUACAAGCAGCAGCAAGCCAGCAUAGGCUACAAUGCCAGCACAGAGCGCCGCUACUUCCAGGGAGUGCAAGACGUCAAGGGCCAGAAGGGCGAGCUUUUCGGUCUGCAAAACCUGUUUGCCUGGCAUAACGAGAAUGUGGUCUUGCGGGACAUUGUCAACAAAACCAAUGUCGCGGAGUCACGAGCUGGCGUACAUAUUUCUAACCUUGAAUUGGAGGCAGAGUACGUUGCAGCGGAAGCAGGGGAAGAAGACGCAGACGCAAAUGUCAAAUCGUUUAAGUCCGAACCCGACAUCGAGGACGCUGCAAUGUCGCAGCUCGCGGCGGAGAUCAAAGGGAACGAUGAGAAACCACGACGGAAGACCAAGGCGAUGAAUCUCAACAAACCUAACCAAGCCGCCAGGCACGACCCUAUAGAAGCAAUUCUAUCGUCCGUCGGGGUCGGCUAUACACACGAAAAUUCUGAAGUCAUUGGCUCUUCCAAGGUCGAGACCAAGCUGUCGGAAGCAGCGGAGGCAGCUGCAGCAGACGAGUCCAACUGGAACGCCAGCCAGCAGCGGCAAAUGGUAUUUCAGCCGGAGACACAGACUCAGACGAGCCCUAGCAGAGUCUACAAGUUCUUAGAUGCGGAUGGAGGUAUCAGGUACCGCUACCGGCCCCCAGAAGAUGUCAUGCGGCGGCAGUUCGGUGCCAUGGCAAAGUAUGCAGGCUUUGAUGCUGAUGUGGUUGGGUUUGCGCUUCUGGUGGAGAGCUGGACUCCGAAAGAGAGAAGAGACUGGCUCGAGCAGUGGUAUAAGUACAGGAAAGAGCUUCUAGAUGGUAUUGAGGAUAUGAAGAGCGAGGAGGAGAAGGUAAAGGUGCAGAGUGAGGACGAAGAAGGCGAUGGAGAGCUAUGA